GGCAAAUAUUGAUGAAGUGGAAACCGAAGUUGUGGAAAUUGAAGCAAAACUAGAAAAGCUGGUGAAGCUCUGCGGUGGGAUGAUUGAAGCUGGGAAGGCGUACGCCUCGGCCAACAAGCUGUUUGUCAGCGGCAUCAGGGAUCUGUCUCAGCAGUGCAGGAAGGAUGAGAUGGUCUGGGAGUGCUUGGAAAAAUGUGGCAACAGCCUGCAGGAAAUCAUCAACYACCACAUGAUCCUGUUCGAUCAGACGCAGCGUUCGGUGAAGCAGCAGUUACAUAACUUUGUGAAAGAGUCAAUGUCCUCCAGGCAAAGAAGAAGUUUGAGAUCCUUGAUGCUAUGUUGUCCUUCAUGCACGCACAGCGCUCACUGUUCCAGCAGGGCUACAACCUGCUGAAUGAACUGGACCCCUACAUGAAGAAAUUGGCUGCUGAGCUGGAUCAGCUGGUGAUCGAUUCAGCCAUGGAGAAGAGAGAAAUGGAACAUAAACAUGCAACUAUUCAGCAGAGGACCCUCAUACAGGUGAGUUCAUUCUUUUCCAUUUCAAUGCUCCUUUGAAUCAGUGCAGAGAUGGCAGUCAGCUGACUAACAGUUAGUGAA